GCACAGUAUGAAAACUCAGCGAGUCACAUGUAUUACAUGACCAGUUUGCUUUCGUCUCACGAAUGUAUACACGCGAAACCACAUAACUGCAACCAUGAAAGAUGCGAGUCAGGGGCAUGCAAUGGAGGAGACGCACAGUGUAGCACAGAGCUCACGCAUUCAAAUACGCCAUACAGAGAGGUUACCAUCAGCCGCACAAUGGGCCUGCGAAGACAUCUACGCGCGCGUGUCUCUUGCACACACCAGACAUGCACUGCUGGCUGUAGCUGGCUGUCGUCACACAUGCAUACCGACAUGCAUUGAUAAACCACCUGCUGACCUGACGAGACGGCCAGAAGCACAUCACGAAUGCACACGAUACCCCUUUGCCCUUAAUAAUCGCACACGCGCUUCGCAAAGACACUCACACCAAAAAAAGAAGACAAAAUACACGGCACUCAACUCAGCUACACUACACAUAAGAAACACCAUGGGCGCCGGUCUGGUUGUUUCCGCCAGUAGACUGCUGGAAAGUCUCGAUCUGCGGCUGUGGUUGGGGUGUUCCGAUCACACAUGGCGCGACGUUGUACUGCAUAACGGCCGGCGGGGGAAGGUCGGCGGGGGAAGCGUCCUGGUAGCCUCUGGCCCUCGCCACAUGUCUGUAUUCCUGUGUAAUGGCGCACGGCAUACACCAGAAGACAAGGCAGCAGUCCCCGCAGCCGUCGGUCGCUGGAAUGUCGUAAUGCCUGUCGAGCGGACAAACAAGACAUUCAGACAGACAGACAGACAUGCGUCUCAUGAGCCAUUGGGUCCCUGUUCAGCCAUCCGCGCACCUCCUCAGUUUGGUGCGGUAGAUAAGAAAGAUGAUGAACACGAUGACGGAGAUGGCAACGAAACCCGGGUACCACUUCGGUAUCAGCAGAACUACGCGGGAACCCGAGACCACCCAUGGUGUUCCCGCGUAGUACGGGGAGAUCUGUUCCAGAAUCACCAGGAGCAAUCUGGCGAAGUAGAGGGCGCCGAACACUAGCAGGCCCAGCUUGAAGUGCAGCAGCUUCACCUGUCCCAGAGGCCGUGCCUACAUCGAGAGGGGGGGAGAUGGUGGAAUGCGUCGGCCAUGCUUGUGUCUGUGCCUUGAUUCACCUUGAGGAACGCAUAGAUUGGCGAGAGGAGUGGCCAGAAUAAACACGCCAAGCACCCCAGUAGACAGGAGGGUCCGUCGGAGAAGCAGUCACAGAUGCCAUCGCUCCACUUGCCUGACCCACACAGACAGACAGACACCCGCAUCAGGCGUGGAUGGAACGUCAUCUGUCUGUCAUGCUCACCUUUCCACAGUUCGUCUCGUUUGGGGUCUCCAAUCGGCGGGACUGUCACGACAGGGGCGGGCACACGGGGCUCAGUAUUCGCUGACAUGUCGUCCGUUUUGUCAAAGGCCGAGACGAAAUUCAAUGAGGGAAAUUCGACACGUAGCUACACGUCCGGUGAGAUCCUUCAAUCAGACAGGCCGAGCACACCAGACGAGAACAGCACUAUCCUCGUCAGGACCGAAGAUGCACGUGCAGUUGAGACCUGUCAGUGUAGGCAGGCCGAGCACGCACAGACAGCCGCAGGAGACCUCUAGACAAGACAGGUCUCCUUUCUCACGAGAGAUGGCAGAGAG